CUUAGACACGGAAGUUUGUGACGUUUUCGUCUGCGUUUCCUGUGUGUGUCAUAAACAACAACAAAGAAACUCGUAUUUGUUGAACAUGGUUUCGUGUAAAGUGCCUCCAGUCGAAUAAACGGAGGAUUCAAGGCGUUCCGUCGCUCAUAAAAGAAGCUGAAGUGUUCCGGGAGACACAGCAGCUUCCGGGAGAGAUGGAGGAGCUCUACACCUUAGAGAGGGAGGUGGGACGAGGCAGUUACGGCGUGGUGUUUGAGGGCCGUAUGGCCAAAACUGGACAGAAGGUGGCUAUUAAGCGGCUGCCCUGCAGCAACCCAGAGUGUAUUGAACUCUACUUGCAAGAGCUGUGGGCCAUGAGAACCACAGCCAGGAACCACGUCAAUGUCAUUGCACUGCACAGCUGCCUCCUGCAGACGGGGUCCAGGAGCCUGAAGACCUUAAAACCAGGGAAACUGCCCCUGCGUCUGGUUGAGAGCGUGCUCAAAGGAAGUGUGGUCACAGCAAAGCAAAGUCAGGAAAGGACCAAUCCUCAGUCUAACACCAGGAGGACAAACUCUGGCUUCAGACUGCAGGACAUGACUAACACUGUGCAGGCCAGAGCUCAUCUCCAUAACAAUGAUGAAUCAAAUGCAUCUGAUUCCACAACCCCUCAAAGGCCUCAGAGCAGAGUCAGGAAGAGACCGGCCCCGAGGGAGGAAGAGCAGACUGCGCCGCUGCGCUGCUUGGCCCUGUGGCUCGUGAUGGAGUACUGUGAUGGAGGAGACUUGAAUCAGUACCUGCUCUCCAGGCCCCCAGAUGCUCAGCGUAACCACAGCGUGGUGCAACAGCUGUGCAGCGCCGUGGCCUUCCUACAUAGCCUGGGAAUCACCCACCGGGACCUGAAACCUGACAAUGUGCUGGUGUGUGUGACACCAAAAGGCCCCGUCGUCAAGGUGGCAGAUUUUGGUCUGAGCAAAAUGAGUGAGGGCUCCGUGGAUGGCGGCCUGACCAGACAGCACUUCUCCUCCACCUGUGGUUCGGACUUCUACAUGGCUCCAGAGGUGUGGGGCGGGCUGACCUACACGGCCCAGGCAGACAUAUUCUCUCUGGGCGUGAUGUUUUGGGCGGUCUUGGAGAGAAUCACCUUUCUGGAAGAAGGGACGACUCAGGAACAACUGGGCGCCUACGUGUGCAAGGGACGCUCAGGCUGGCUGAUGCCGCUGGGAGAGGCUCUGUGGGAGAAUGCAGAGCUCCAGCUGUGCAUCCCGACGAAGUUUAAGAGAGCGCCCCCGCUGCCGCCCCCUCCCGGCUCUGCCACGUGCGCCCUGCUUUCAGAGAUGCUCGCCUCAAACCCGGACGCCCGGCCGACGGCUGACCAGCUGGGGGCCAGGGUGCGCUCCGCUCUGAGAGAGGACUCCCACUGACACAGAGUACACUUGAAAGACUGUAAUGGGCUGAACGACAGUAAGGAGCCCAGACUGCAGUUCGUCCUGUUUGUUUAAAUAACGGGCACUUUGAUGCCUCAGAGAGGAAGGGAUGAUAAAUGUGUAUGAUUAUCUGGGAUUGCAGGUGCUAAUUUUCUCCCUGAACCACAAGCUCAGCUUCUAAAUCAUGUGCAAAGCCAUAUAAAGGGUAAACAGGAAUGAACUAGCAGAUUCAGAUAUGGCUGAAUUGGCAUAAAUAGGUUUGCUGCUCAGUGAGUCUUAAAGGUUUUUUAAUUCCACAUUAUUAUUAUUAUUAUUAUUAAUUUAGCCUAGGUAUGGCUCUACUGAGCUAUAAGGACAUAAAAGUAGUAGGCUUAAAUCUGUAGCGUGGGUCGGACUACAUAAUGCUGUGUGUGCUGAAAUAACUCUGUGAUACUAUUUUUGUGUCUAAGCUGUAAUGUUUCAGUUUAUGCUGUUAUAUAUUUUCACAAAGGUGUGUGUGGACAUGAUUUUAAUACUCAGUUUCACUCAAACGUUCUCACCUCAAAUCUUCAGAACAAAACGUCUAUUUAUUCUUCUGUUUUAGUGAAAUAUAACCUUUGUAUACGUCAGUUUACUUACUCUCAGAGGCACUUAGCGUCUUUUUUCCUGCCUGUGUGCAUUCAAACAUUAAUAUUUGAGUUUGUCAUUUGUAAAUAUUUCUUCAUCAUUUCACGUGUUUGCUUUGAGUUAGUGACGCCGUCAGCCGUUUACAGGAUUUUCAAACUUGUGUCAUAUCUGCUGCACAGCACAAGGCUCGCUGUGACGGACGGUCGCUAACGUCUCCUCCUGAACAGGAAAUUAAAGCCAGGCAUGUGGAUUGUUGCUGAUCAUAUCCACGCAGUGUUCACUCUGUUUAUUAGUGAUCAUCAGUCUCAGUCACAUGCGUGGAUGAAUGGAGAUCGAUUAUAACAUCAACUGUGUCCUAAAUUUCUUGUUAAUCUCAUGUAAUUUAAAUAAAGAUGGAUUUAUAACCUCUUUAAUCAGUGGU